GUGGGAAAGUUUGUGCUAAAAAGUUGAAAGAAACAGCAUCCAUCCGUCGUUUUCUCUGCGUCCCUAGGAGAUAUUGAGCUCAGAUUGGAGCAGGGUAGUCGCUAUGGAAGCUGCAGCCGUUCAAAUAGCCGUCAGUAAGAAGCGUAAACGCACGGGUAAAGCGAGAGAGGAAGCCAAGAAGGCAGCAUUAGCUGCUUUAGCUGAGAAAGAAGUUGAGAAUCCGACAGAAAGAGCAGCGAAGGAUGAGCAAGAUGCGGAGGUGGAAGGGGACAUUGCUACUCAAAGGAGAGAGGUCGACCCCGAGGACGUCGCAAAGCGCAUCCCUCGGGCCAUCAAAGCGGUCCACCCUUUGUUCAAGCAAGGCAGGACUUUCGAAGUGAGACGGAUUGUAAAGAAAGUCAAGUUUUUAAGAAGCAAGGGAGGAAACCAAGAUGAGGUCAAGUCUCUGGAGGAUCAAUUAGCUGUCCUUUCACAUCUGUCUCUCAACGAUACCAUCGCCUCCCAUCUCCUGACUAAACUCCAAAAACACCAUCAGUUCAAGCAUACCGCAUUACCUUCUUCGAUCACCUCUCAGCUCAAAACUUCAGCACAAGCCUCGACCUCGGCCCAAUCAGAGCUUUUGGGCAAGGUAGAAAAUAGGCUGUGCAGUAACAAGAGCGUUUCAGAGGGCGUCAAAAAUGCUUUGGGAUGGAUGAUGAUGGAAAAGGGAGCAAAGCUGCCUUCGAGCUCGGCAUCGGUCAAGCAGAGGGCAUCGAACAUGGAGAAUGCGAGGGAGACAAAGCAGCUCAAUGAAUUACCUCCUGCGGAUCACGCCGCUAGACCGUCGAGGACGAACAUUGCCUCUCUGGACGAUGCGGACGAGGGAGAUAUGGAGAGCCUCGACGAGGAGGCCAUUGCUGCUGACGAAGCUGGAUGGGAGUCUGGCUCCGUUUCAGAUGUUCCACCGAUAUCCCGACCUAGAAUCGCAAAUUCGGACUCGGACUCGGACGUUGGCGAGGAAGAUGGUGAGGAAGAGGAAGAGGACGAGGACGAGCACACAACAGUGCUCAUCGCGCGGCCCAACAAGACAUCCGCAUCCACACCCGCCAAAAAGACCAAACCCAACAAGGCACCCGUCACCUCGUCAACUUUCCUCCCCUCGCUUUCUACUGGAUUUAUCAUGGGCGAUUCUGAUUCUGAUCCCGACUUGGAUCCCGAUGUCGAUGGUGCUGGUGUGGUAGGGAACAAGGCUGUCAGGAAGAAUAGGCGAGGACAGCGAGCGAGGCAAGCGAUUUGGGAGAAAAAGUUUGGAAAGCAUGCCAAACAUGUCGUUGCGCGCGAGAGAGCUGAAGAGGAUGCUCAGAGAGCUGUACAAGCCCGCGCGAUGCGUGGAAGAGGACGAGGCAGAGGUGCACCUUUCGGUUCCGGCAUGAGAGAUGAGGGCAGAGGCUUAGGCCAUCACACUGAACAGGAUCAGCCCGAUAGAGGCGCCGCGUCCCUCAGUCGGGCAAGUCGCGGUGUCCGAGGAUCUCGAGGCAUGGGACGAGGAGGUCCCUUCGGUGGUCAUGAUGCCUAUAGUCACGGCCAGGCUCCAGCUCAGCAAACCAAAUCGACGGGCGUACACCCUUCUUGGGAAGCUGCGCGGAUGAAGAAGCGGGAGAUGGGAGCUGUCAAGCCUCAGGGAACAAAGAUCGUCUUUGAUUGAGCUAAGCAAAUGCCCAUAUAGAUGUUUCCGACCUGAAAUGCAUGCACGACAUGACACG